AUGACAUCAACAGAAUAUCUAUGGACUAACGACGAACUACAGCCUCAUGAGAUCCAAUCUAUAUUUGCAGAUACCACGCUAUCAUUUGUGAUCAUUUCGAAGCAUAUUGAUCGAACAUUGACUAAUUAUGUGAAAUACAUGGAACCAUGGUUGCAAUACCCUUGGAACUUUAAACAGCCAAAAUACCAAGCACUUACAUUCAAUGUUGUCGAAUAUAUCUAUGGAGAGCUCAAUUAUCAUGAAAAUGUCCUAGAUAUGGAGUUAUUUAUUGCUAUUCUAUUAGAUUUCUCUAAAUAUGAAGAUUGCUAUAUUCAUGUGUUUGAUUCAGUAACGCUCGAGCCAGUGCUAGCUACUUGUCAUGAUGAGCUUAGUGCUGAAUUACAGGAUGUAACCACUUCAAGGAAUAGAGUUUGGCUACAUGAUGGAGGAUGUGUUAUACUAAAUCGACUUAAGGACAAUGGUGGAUAUUUGCCAUUGCAAGAGGCUAUCAAGCAAAUCUUUGUUGGAGAUUAUAAACCUGAUGAGAAAUUAACCAUAGCGUUGAAAGAAAAAUGCAAUUUGGAGACGGGAUUGAGCCAUGUUCAUGAUGUGAACUUGACUUUACCUGUUCCAGUCGCAAAGCUAGCCACAGUAGAUCCAAUGAUGGUGGCCAAAAGCUUAGAAGCACUAGAAGAAGAAGAAGAGGUGAAGCCACUUGUUUUCAACGAGGGAAUGGAUGUCACUGUGCCUAUCAAUAGUGUGCAUCUUGGUGUACUAUUAGGUAUUGCUUCUGCAUCGGGAAAGCCACAAGAGUUGAGUGGGAUCGUGCUAUCAGGGCUACAAAAGUAUUAUCACGGUAAGGAGGAACCAAAAGUUCCAGACACAUUAAAACCAUCUUCGCGACUGGUACUACAGGGAGAGCUAAUCAAUAGAGGAAUAAUAUCGGAGCGUAUUCCCGAAGACACUGAAUUAGUUGAAAUGAUUGCUGAUAUAAAUGGACUGCAAAUGGGAGAUGAAGAACUGUAUGCCAAAAAUCUUCAACAAGUAUUUGAAGAAGGUAUUGAUGAUUUUGAAGAAUUAAUUGACGAGGAUGAUGAAGGUGGCGAUGAGGAAAGCGAUUUAACUGAUGAUGAAUUGAAUGAAUUUCGAUGGAAAUAUUAUGAUAUUGCCAAUGAAUGGAUACCUCGUGACCAAGUUACUCAGAAAUAUCAAGAAUUCAAAUCAUCAAUUUUGCAAACAACGAGUAAAUUCAAAGAAGAGUUUAAAAACACCGAGUUUGAGGAUUUUCCCGAAUUCAUGGAACUGGAAGUCAUUUUAGAAAUGAGUGGUGGUAACAAGUAUAACAAUGAUUCCGAUUAUCAAAGUGAUACUGCUGAGAUGUAUCAAGGUGAUAUGGCGUAUGAAGAGUAUUUGGAGUUUAAAAAUAAACUAAGACAAGAAGGUGCCAACUUCAGCGAAGAAGAGCCCGAAGACGAUGACGAAUGGGAGAAUGUUGGUGUAAAUGAGAGUGAUGAAGACGAUGAUGAAGAGCUUAUAAGUGAUGACAGUGAUGAUGAUAUUGCUAGUAGAUAUGAGCAAAGAGCAACAUUAGAAACCUUGGAUGAGGAGUCACCACUUGAAUAUGAAGAGUUAGAUCCCAAAUUGUCUAAAACGGAGAUUGAGCGACUUACAACUACAAUGAAGACACUAAAGACUAGUGAGGAUACAAAUCUCGAGCUGAAAAUAAAGAAAAAGAACUGA